AUGCCUAGAUUUUCGGUCGCGUUCGGCAGGCGCAAGUCCACAGCCGAUAACUUGGAAAAUGCGGCAGUGACAGGUCCCUCGUUUCGCGUGCUUGAGCGAACUGAAGUUGUUGGCCCCAAAACGUUUGACGGCGGGGCAAGGCUUACCACAACGACACAUUCCAUCCACAGAUCAACCGACUCUAAUGUCACGGUGGAUGACAACAUAUUUGCGGACCUAAAGCCGAACCGUGGAAGCGGAUCCUCGAAUACAACGAAGACUACUUUGACGGACAACUCAUCGCGCGAUAGCAACGCCUCGACCACCCCAUCGUCUGCUGACGCGGGGGCUACAGAAGACUGGCGUGGUGCCCCGAGAAAGCAGUUCGCCAACAUUGCCGUGCCUCCAAUCCCAAAAUCUACCCCCGGCGGGUUUUUGAAGGCCGCGGGACGUACAUUUUCCUUUGGAGGACAGAAGAAGCAAUUGCCCCCUCACCCAACAAUACAAGAGUCACCGCCGGCCACACCGCCUCACAUGGAACUGCGGCCGUCCGGAAGUGGGCGUCCAAGGGCUCCUACUUCCUCGACCUCCACAACUGUCACAUCCCCUAAGAUGGAAGAGGACUUGGAUUUGGGUGGUGACUUUGGGCAGCUGGUACUGGACAACGACAACCAUGCCAGCACGGCAACCGUGCAGAAGGGUCGCUUUUCGGGCCACAUGCCCACUCCACGAUCACUCACAGUAGCCCGUCCGAUCCAACAGGCACCGCCGAACGUCAGCACGACGGCCAGAGCCGAGGCUCCUACUCGCUCAUGGAGUAGCCAGCAUUCCGAUGAACAACUCAUUACGCCUCCAGUCCCACCCCACGUGUCUCCAACCCACCCAGGACAACGUUCCCAGGUUUCACCCGAUGAAGGUCCAAGGCGACCAUCCCUUGCUGCCCAGAGGAGCAAUUCGGAGGAGGACGCGGAGGACGAGGAAGCGAAGCUGCUAAAGGAUUCCCUGUCGACGGUGUCAAUGUUUAUGACGGGCCCGGGCAACUCAGACUCGCCCUCUCCUGGAGCCGGGUAUCGUAGGGGUGGGAGUGAUCUAGAUGGAGAGGACGAUAGUAUGUUCGAUUCAACCCCUUCGACGCGACAUGCCAACCGCUACUCCGCCGACCAAAGGUACGGUAGUCAGUCAGCCAGCCACAAAGUCAUGACCCCUGCCGAGUUUGAGCGGUAUCGGAAGGACAAGGAACGGCAAGACCGAGAGCGCCAAUUGACGGCUAUGCCUGGCAGCAAAGCCACUGAUGAAGAUGAGGAAGAUAACUACGAGGACGAGGAGGACGAUUUGGAGAAGGCCAAGCAGCAGGCUAAGCAGAGGCGGAAGCAAGAAGCUCAUAUGACCGUCUACCGACAGCAGAUGAUGAAGGUGACGGGUGAGUCCGCCGGCGGUCCACCGCCCUCGCGGCCUGGUUUCCGGAUGUCCUUCAGCACCCCGAAUCUACCGAAUGCCACUCAGGCGACGAGUCCUAACACGGGCAACAACACCUCCGAGAACUCCGACGAAGACGAAGAGAUACCCUUGGCCAUUCUCGCCGCGCAUGGCUUUCCGGCUAAGAACCGCCCCCCAAACCGACUAAGCACCAUGGGGUCGAACCCAAACUUGCGGGCGUCGCAGCAGCCGAGCUAUCAGCGGCCCAUGUCCGUCGUCGGCGACCCUCAAGCUCCCCCGGCGAACCCGCGCCUUCCAGCUUUUGCGAGAAAUUUGCCCAAAGACCCCUUUGUUGGUGCCGGCCUUGUCCGGAACUCGGUCCGGGAGAGUAUGGCCCUCGGUGGAGGCAGUCCUACCCCGACUCUAUCGAACUCGGCAGUGCCGCCCGGAGGUCUCAUCGGCGUCAUCGCCAACGAGGAGCGCAACCGCGCUUUGAGGAGAGGCAGCCCACUAAUGGAUAGCCCUAGCCAGAUGUCUGGAGCGGCCGGCUACGACCCUAUUGCUGGAAUUCCUUCUCACAUGAUGUAUCCGGCCCACCCGCCCCCGUCGAUGUUAUCGCCUGGCGACCAAGCCCAGAUCAACAUGAACCAGCAGAUGCAGCAGUUUAUGCAGAUGCAGAUGCAAUUCAUGCAGAUGGUUGCAGGUCAAAAUGGCGGUGCUCCGGGCAUGCCAGGGGGCUCCUUGGCGACGCCCCCUCUUGGACACCUAGGCCCCAUGGGUUCCCCCACUAUCGGUGCUAAGACUCCCGAUAUGCGGCACUCGUUCAUGGGUCUUGAUCCGAUGGCCGACUCAUCCUUUGGCCGAGGCGAUGCGCAGAUGCGUACAAUGAGCAUGGUACAGCCAAGUUCGGCAUCCUGGAUCCAACCGUCGCAGCCCGCCGCUGGCUUCGCUCCUUCUAUUCGCUUCCAGGGAGGCGGUACCUACGCGCCAUCUAUCGCCCCUUCGGAACGUAGCAAUGUUGGUCUCCCGGGCCGCUACCGUCCCGUUUCGCACGUGCCAGCGGCGGCCGCCACGUCGAGCCAUUUGCGGAAAUCCUCAACUAUGUCUGGAGCCAUUCCGCAACCCAGUAUCUCGAUCACUAAGUCUGGUGCCGCGUCGGACGACGACGACGAAGAAGAAGGGUGGGAGGCCAUGAAAGCGAAGAGGGAGAAGAAGAAGUCGUUGUGGAGGGCUAAGAAGUCCAUUGGCGACGACCUAGGUUCAUUCCUGAGGUGA